ACAAUGUAAAUUUCUGACCUGUUCCUGUUAGCUUUAAAACUUUACUCUUCUUUGACAAAGCUUCAGUUAAAGACUGAAAGUAAAAGGACUUAAAUCAGUUAUAAGUGAAACCAGGACGCAACGAAAUAUCCAAACCAUUCAGGCACGCACUCAACUGCAAGAGCGUACGCAUCCACGAAACCAAAUGAAUCAGUAUGUUUGAAGGUUUUUUUUGGUUUACUUUACUUCAUUUUGUGAUAUUUCAUAUCGGAAAAACCCGCGCAGAAGCGUUUUCUUUUACUGCACGGGAUAGUUAUCUAGCUACACCUGUGUUGAAGACACUUUUAGUCGAGGACUGGCUGGGUUGUACACUAGCUUGCCAGGAUGACGCCAUGUGCAUCUCGUACAACUACGACACGUCCUUCAAGUCUUGUGAUUUGAACGAACACGGAAUACAACCUCCAUAUACCGGGUCUGACGAACUUUUGAAAAUGCAAGGAAUGAUCUUUCAUCAAAUAAGGGAAGCAAAAAAACCUCUUCCUCCGCGAGAAGUUCAGCCUUCGAGUCAGUGCGACUGCAGUUGUACCUCAGAGAGUGCUUGUAGGCCUGGCGAAGGUUCCUACCACAGACUUCCCGAAUCUUGCAAAGAGAUCUGGGAGAAUUCUGGAGUCCGAGUGGAUGGGUCCUAUUGCAUCCGGGCUAACUCAUCUGCUAAGUAUGCAAAUGUAUUCUGUCACAUGACUCCUAUUCACGGAUGUGGGGAUGGCGGAUGGACGCUUGUCAUGAAAAUCGAUGGACACAAGCAAACAUUCAGCUACUCUUCCGAAUACUGGAAUAACACUAUUGGUUACAACGAGGCUGCUGGAACAAACCUCGAUGAUGUUGAAACAAAGCUGAGCAGCUUCUGGUCUACACCAUUCAAUCGACUCUGUUUGGGCAUGAAAUAUCCUAAAAACGGGGAGACAAACUGGAUUGCACUAAACUAUAAUGGCUUUUCUUUGAGAGAUGUUAUCGGAAACGGAACUUCCCAGACGACAAACGUGAGCGCAAAGGAGUGGAAAAUGCUGCUGAAUAACUCAGAAAUCCAGGACGGAUGCCAAAUACAAGGUUUUAACAGCAUUAACAAAGAUCAUGAUUAUGGCACCGGUGCGAAGGCUCGCAUUGGAAUCAUUGGUUGUCCAGUCAACUGUGAUCAAUCUGCGCAGUCCAGAAUUGGGUUCGGUACCGAGGGAAAAUAUUAUAAAAUGGACAAUUCCAAUUCUUGUGGAAACGAACUAAGAGGUCAAGGUGAAAAUUCAACGAUCAAAGCAUUUGGCUACAUUUUUGUUCAAUAAUUUUGAAGUGCCAUCACUGUAAAUAUCAUAUGGUAGUUUAGGCAUGUAAGAUAUUGUCUAUAUUAUUGAGUCACUCGAGCAUUAAGGUUACAGUCAAAAACAAAAGACAAAAGAAAACGAAGGACUAGAAAGAAAUGGGACGUUCGAAAAAUAUGACAUUUUCUAUACCGCUUAAAUCGAUAUCCGGCAUUAGUUCUUGCGAGUAAGUUAAUAACUGUAAUUACUUAACGCUGAUCGAGCAAUUUUCAAUUGUGUCGCCAGUAACCCGGAUUGCUUUGUUUUGCUUUACUUCGCUCUAUGAUUGGUUCAGAAAACUCGCGCCACUCAACCAAUCAGAUGCAAAUCUAAACCAAUCUCGACUUGGACGCUUGCGUUUUCCGCGCCUUAGGCAGUUUGAUCAGUUUCACUUUGAGUUCCCAUCGGCUUUUAGAGGUAUUCUUCCCUCUUCUGAGAGCAUGGCUGUUGUGCUUGCUUUGGUUUUGCAUAGUUUUACGACACUCAAUCGAAAAAUGCUCUCUCUCUUUUUUAAAAAAAAAACUUCUACGUGAUAUGUUGAAGUGAAUGUCAUUAGUUUGUUCGCUGAGUUAUUUGAACGCGAGCAUUGUAUUUAGAUUCUUUAAUUAAAUUAACAGUUAAGCAUAUGAAGCAAAAAACACGCUUGUGCAGUGAGCUAUUUUUUUCAGUCUACGGAUCUUUUCAGCUAAAUAUCAAAGAAAUUUUCAUUUCAAAGUAGCUUAACGUAUCCGUCGAGUUUAUAACUGAUUAAUAU